AUGUAGCUGAUCAAUCGUUUCUUCUAUCAAUUUAGCAAAGUUAAUCUUCCAAAAACGAUAGGAGUAUUGGGAUAUGGAGCAAUCGGAAAAGCCUUCACAGAAGUAUUGUUAAAGUAGCAUCCAGAGGCUAAUGUAGUGGCACUUGAUAAAUACGAUGCAUUUUUUCCAAAUGAGAAAAGGUUUAAGACUAUAAUUUAAAAACGAACUAGAGAAAACAUAACACAAACUUUGGAUGUUAUGGGCUUAAGGGAAGGAGAUACACUAGUUGACUUGUCAACAAAUAUUGAAUUUUCAGAAAUUUGGGCACUGUGUGCCAAAAAAGGUGUUCGCUAUCUGAAUACUGCCUUGGAAGUAUGGGAAGACAGUGAAGAUGCUAAUUCAUGUCCUGAAAAUGCAGAAGAAGCAUAUAAAUUGACAUUAGGAUAUAUCAAAGACAAUGCCAAGAAAUCUCCAUUUUGGUCAAAUGGACCUACUGCUUUAUUAGAAACGGGAUUUAAUCCAGGAGUUGUAUCUCACUGUGUUAAAAGAGGUUUGGAGGAUUGCGCAAAGCAUUAUCUUGAGAAUCCUCAAAAAAAAUAUGAUUUAGGAAAUUUAAGAAAAUAUUUGAAAGAAAAAAAUCAUUCGAAAUUAGCACAAGUACUUGGAGUACAUACAAUUCAUUGCUCUGAAACUGACAAUUAAUUAAUGGCUGAAAUACCAAAGGAUUUAAAAACAAAAUUCUAUAAUACAUGGUCAUGCAGAGGAUUCCUUACUGAAGGACUUGUCCCUAUUCAAGUAGCAAGAGGUUCACACGAAGAUAUGCAAAUACCUAAUUGCUAUACAAUUAGAGAUGGCAAGACAAUCGUCUCAAGAAAACCAUCUGUUUAAACUUGGGCUAGGAGUUGGGUGCCUAAUGAAGAUAUUAAAGGUGUUUUGAUUCCUCAUGGUGAAGCUUAUUCCAUAUAAGACUAUUUAAGUGAUCCAGAGACAGGAUACUCGCCAUCUUAAUAUUAUGUUUAUGAUUAUAAUCCUUUGGCCAAAGAGUUCAUCAGGAACUUACCUCCUAAUGCUACUAUAGAUAAUACUCAUCCUUAGACGGAAGUUAUUCACCCAAUGAACCACACCUCAUUGAAAGGUUGGGAUAAAGUCGGAGCACUCUUGAUUAUGAAAGAUAAUAGAGCUUGGUGGACAGGGAGUAUUAUGGAUGAAAUUGAUUGCUCUAAUAUGUAUAAGGGAAUGUUUGGCCCAACUGUCUUAUAAGUUGUGGCUGGAGUUUAUGGAGGAUUCUUGUGGACUUGUUAACAUCCUAAUAAUGGAGCCCACUUCUCUGAAGAUGUUGAAACUGAUGAUCUUAUUCGAAUUGGUGAACAUCUAAUGGGUAGAUUCAUUUCCAUCCCAGUGGAUUUGACCAAAACUAAGAUUAAGGAUUGUUAUAAAUUGCAAAGCUUUCUAUGCCAAUAAAUUUGA